AUGCGCUUUCAACAUUUAGAGUCUUUAUCCUUAUGUGGUUGUACGGAGCUCAAUGAUUCAGGAUUAACCCGUCUGCUAAGCUAUGGUUCGAAUUUACAGAAACUUAAUCUAGAUUGUUGUUUGAAAGUUACUGAUUACGGGCUAUCCCUGGUUGCUUCUGGUUGUCCCUCAUUGACGUCAAUUAGUCUCUAUCGGUGUAUCAACAUUUCUGAUGACGGAUUAGAGACUUUAGCCACUGCUUGUUUAUCUUUGAAAUGCAUAAACCUCUCGUACUGCUCACAAAUAUCCGACAAAGGGUUGAAAGCUCUUACUCAGAGGUGUCGUCAGCUUCAGGCAGUUAACAUAUCACACUGUGAGAGUAUAAGAGGUGUUGGCUUCAAAGGGUGUUCAAAAUCUCUCACACAUGUAGAGGCUUGGUCUUGUAAGCUCAACCCAGAAGGGGUGACGGGAAUAAUUAGUGGCGGUGGUAUAGAGUAUCUAGACGUAUCUUGUUUAAGUUGGUAUCCCUUAGGAGAUACCUUGCUUGGAAUAAGAUUGUCCUCAAACCUCAAAGUCCUUAACUUUCGAAUGUGCAGAUCUGUUUCCGAUACUUCUAUUGUUGCAAUAGCCAUGGGAUGUACACUACUUGAAGAAUGGAACUUAGCAUUAUGUCAUGAGGUGAGGAUAUCUGGAUGGCAAGCAGUGGGGUUAUAUUGUCAGAAUUUGAAGAGACUGCAUGUUAAUCGAUGCCGUAAUCUCAAUGAUAAUGGCCUGCAGGCAUUACGAGACGGUUGCAGAAGUCUCUCGGUUUUGUACUUGAAUGGUUGUGUUCACGUGACUCCUUUUGCAUUAGAGUUAUUCAAGUCUCACAGAGCAAAUGUUUGUAUAAAGGAUGAAGAGAUUAACACAUGCAAUGAAUUGUCGGAUUUUGGCUAUUUUAUUAUUAUGGCUUGUGGAAUCACUGUUUUGCAGCAAAUAGAUAUCAGCUUCAUAUAUCAUAUAAUCCAUGGUCAAGCAACAAUCAAACUGUAUGUGAUCUACAACGUCUUAGAGGUUACCUGUGGAGGUUGUCAGAGUGCUCACACAGCUGCUAUUGCUGUUCUGUGUGCUGAGAGAGGAAUUACGUCACAUCUGCUUCUACGAGGAGAGCAGCCUGAAAUCUUGACUGGCUAUAACUUGAUGUCUACAAUAUAUGGAAAUGUCACAUAUGUUCCGAGAACUAUGUACGCCAACAGGGAAGAAAUGCUAAAGAACUAUGCUAGGUCAGUGGCCGGAAACAGUGGUGCUUUCCUAUGGUUCAAUGAUAUCAUUCAAGCUUCUUCAACAGGCGAAUUGUCUACUUCUCAAAAUUUUACGAAAAUGGACGCAAGUAGAAGUGAGAGAAACCAUCUUCAAAAGAUUUUAGUUGUCAACGAAGGGGCUGGUGAUUCUGUUGCUCUACUAGGUAUUAUUCGGUUAGUGCAAUACUUAUCACAAAAUCAUUUACUUGGGAAACAAAGAGCCACAAAAUUUGUCGUUGAUGCUGGUACUGGCACAACAGCUAUUGGUAUAGGACUUGCAGCCAUUUUCUUUGGACUUCCGUGGGAGGUACACGCGGUUAUGCUGGCAGAUAAAAUUGAUGGGUACCGAAAGCAGGAAAAGCACUUGAUUGUUGAAUUCAGUAAGCAUUUCAAUGUUGAGUUUCUUGACCACGACGUAAACAAAGAAGAUGCUGGGAUUGUGCAUUGGGUGGAACGUGACCGUCCAAGAAAUUAUAACAUAGGAACUCUAAUCGCUAGAUUUGGCCUUUAUCAAGGUUACAGAUUCAAUUUUGCGCUGCUUACAUUUUCAUCGGGGUUGUUUGCAUUCUUCUUUAUUUUCUGGAGCUUCAUCGAUCAAUUCACUGUAUUAGUACAAGGGACUAGACGCAAUGCUACAAGUGCCCUUGAUGCUGAGUGUGCAUGUAUUGAUACUAACUUGUGCAUUUGUAUGUUCUUUUUAAACCUUGGUGAUUUCCUUGUGCAGAAACUAGGGGAAGGUGUGAAAGGGGUGUAUAUCUCGAUAGACGUGGAUUGUCUUGAUCCUGCAUUUGCUCCGGGAGUGUCUCAUAUUGAACCGGGAGGUCUUUCUUUCCGCGAUGUUCUUAACAUCCUACACAAUCUUCAAGGUGAUGUUGUUGCUGGAGACGUCGUUGAACUCAACCCACAACGCGAUACUGUUGAUGGAAUGACUGCUAUGGUAGCUGCUAAGUUGGUCAGAGAAAUGGCUGCAAAGAUUGCAAAAUGA